AUACAUCCAGCUAUAUAUGAUGGAAGUGGUUCGCAUACCCACAUGGGUAUCAACCACCCUAUUCUAGCGCACUUUCUCUGUCCAGUCAGGGAACUUAAAAGAUUUUCAGAGGAUGCUGACAAGGCAUUUAAAGACAUGCAAUGUGGCAAGAUCAACUUGACUGCAUCCACACUUCCUGCAUUUCUAUGGGCUGGAGACCCACCAGGUGAAGACUACGACAAUGACAACAUGUUCGAAGGCAUGUUUGAUGGUUAUUUGUUGGAGCAGGUAGGCAUUUUU